GACCUCAUCUUCAGCAUGAAUGGUGAUAUGCCUCAUGUUCCCAUCACUACUCUUGCUGGAAUUGCUAGCCUGACAGACUUGUUGAACCAGCUUCCCUUACCUUCUCCUCUCCCUGCCACCACUGCUAAGAGUCUGCUCUACAAUGGAAGGAUCUCCGAAGAGGUCAGCAGCCUGCUGGUGUGUCGGGACGAGAAUCUGGUGACUCAGCUGGCACAGAGCCUUAACCAGGUCUCCACUGAACACAUAGAGUUGAAGGACAACUUGGGGAAUGAUGAACCAGAGGGUGACAUGCCAAUGCUUCUACAAACUCUACUGUCCAGGAACCCCAAAAUCUUCAGGGACAAAAGUGUAAUGCAGCAGCCAAUGAUGCAACAGUAUAAGAUGUCUCAGAAUCAGGUGCAUGGGAGUCCAGGAUCAAACUAUCAGCAAACCACUGUCCCUCAAAGCCCCUCUGGAUGCUUUACAUCCCCGCAGUCUGGAUCAGGUACUCGGUUCGUACCCCAGCAGAACAGCCCUAUACCCAGUCCCUAUACACCUCAGAGUCCUCCAGACUACAUGCAGUACAAUCCACCCAGUUACUCUCAACACCAACAGACUCAGCAAGUGUCUAGUGGUGUGAGAAAUAUCCAUGACAACAAGAUCUCUGGACAGCUAUCAAGUAAUUCAUCAAAUCAUAAUGUGAGACUAAGCUCAGAUGAAGACUACAUGAACAUGUCUCACAGACUGGGAAAUGAGGAGAAUGACCCCUCCAUGAGGGCUGCUGCAUUUCCAAUUAAAUCGCCACAGUCUGUGUGUUCCCCUGCUGGGAGUGAAGAGACUGCAAAAACAGUGUCCAGGCCUCCCCUUAUCAUGCAGUCACCUCCAUCUGAUGUGCCACCAGAUGAAGCAUCUGACCUGCUUCUCACCUCUGCUGACCGCAGAAAGAAGCAGAAAGAAAGGAGUAAAGAAGAAAAUGAACAGAUGGACAAAAAUGCCUUAUAUGGCAUUGUUAGUUCUCCAUCAAAAGACUCUGCCAGGCUGACUUUAAAACUGUCCAGAGUGAAGAGUCCAGAUGUAGAUCAAUCACAUAUAGACUCAGACCAAGAAACUGAUUUGAUGAAUAAUAAUUAUCAGUUGUCAAGGACUGUCCAGGACUUGUCACACAAGUUAGGUGCUGAGGAGCAGGCAACCUGUCAGCAGGUUCCUGUUCGGCCAAAUACCAAGGACUCUGGAGUCGUCAGUGGGGUUGUGCUUGAUGAUGCUGAGAUAGACACACUUGCAGAGAUUGAGAGAAUAGAACGCGAGUCGGCCAGUGAGAGAGAACGGUCGUCUAAAGAAGUCCAGGAUAAAGAUAAGCCACUGAAGAAACGGAAGCAAGACUCUUAUCCUCAGGAAUCCGGAACUGAUUCAGGUGAUGGGCCUACUGCACAAGGGGGCAACACUGACACCAAGUUGACACCCAAGAAGACGAAUGCUGCAAGUAACGGUGCCAGUCGGCCUGCUUUGAUGGUCAGUAUUGAUCUGCAGCAAGCUGGCAGAGUGAUAGGACAGCCUGUAGUGGUCUUGGAUGCACAGCAGUUGUGUGAGGACCACCUACGGCGCAUAAAGUCAAAGACUGAUGUAAAGGUAGAUAAAGUUGUUGAAAACAGACCUGGGAUCAUCAAACAGCAUGCUGACAACCCCAGGAAGUCUGGCUCAGAUGGGCAACCAGAAACCCCUAAACAGAAAAAGGAAAGUCAGAGCGAAUCCAAACACAGACAUGACGGCAAAACUGAGAGCGGCAAGGGACGCUCAGAUGACAGACGGCCAGACGCGCCACGGCACAAACAUGACAGGCAUUCAGACUCGCGCCACAAAGAGGAAAAGAACCACAACAGUCACCGAUCCCAUGUCAGUCAACCUAAGACUCCAAAAACCAUGAGCAAGGCGGAGCAUAACUCCAGACAUGGAGAAGACAAAGCUGGGGAUAGAGCUAGGGAUAAGAACAGAGAUAGAGAUAGAAAUAAAGAUAGAGACAGGGACAGAGACAGAGAGCGGAAACACAAGACUUUGUCAGAGGAAAAAUGCAACAGACACUCUCCUGACCAGCAUACUAAACCUGACCGUUCUAGAAUAAAGCAAGAUGGAAGCAAAAAAUCCACUGACCUCAAUGAUCGACAGAGGGUAGAAAGUUCCAGCCUUCAAAACGCCCAAAAUAAGGAAGAGAGGAAAAGUGGGGAUGGCAGAAUUAUCUGCCAAGCUAGAAACAAACCGCACUCUUUUGAGCCAAAAUCUAGUGAGUUUCCCGCAUACCUGCUGGGUGGCAAGUCAGGAAGUCUGAAGAACUUUGUGAUUCCUAAAUUGAAACGGGAUGGCAAAGAUAAAGAUUCCCAACUGCUAAGCAGAUGGAAAAAGGGCUGGAACGAACCCCUUGUCAGGCUGGAGAGAUUGUCAUUGGUAGAGAACUUAAACAAAGGGGCUAAGCCUGUUGUUGUGCUUAAGAAACUCAGUAUUGAUGAGGUAAAAACGAUCAUUAGGGAAAGCAGGAAUACACAUGGCUCCAGAUCCAGGAACUUGUCCUCCAUAGACAAAUCAGAGAGAGAAAUGUCAAUUUAUGAGAAGACAAACAAGCGAAGGCACAGUGUGAUCAGUAAAAGAUCCAAGUACGCUGAUGUGGACUCAUGUGAAGAUGAUGAUGACUCUGACAAUGAGUCUGCAAGGAAAAGGUACAAGAAAGAUCACAACAAGGCAUGGAAGCACGAAGAGAGGAGAGGUUCUGGAGGGCACCGUCGAAGUGAAGGUCCUCAUAUUGCUCGCCGGGGGCCCGGUAGCCAUCACCGUGAAUGGAGCUCAGGUGAUUCAGGUGAAGGCUCUCCACCACCAAGCCUGAGUGAUGUUGCCAGAAAAUUGAAGAAAAAGGAGAAACACAAAAACAGAAAGGAUUCUAAGCUGACAUCAGAGGAAUUAAUGGACUCCUCCACAUUUAAGAGAUUCACGGCCAGCUUGGACAACAUUCUUGAGAAUCUUGAGGAUGUGGACCUCACUGCCGCAGAUGACGAUGAGAUACCUGAAGAGCUCUUGCUUGGAAAGCACCAGUUGAGCGAGCUAGGCAGUGAUUCUGCUAAGAUUAAAGAUAUGGGCAUCUUUAACAAGUUUCCAUCUGAUAAACUGGUGAAAAUUUUGAAUAUCCUGGAGAAGAACAUUCAGGACAGCGUCAAACUUUCUACAUUAAUGAAUCCUGGUAAUGAUUCCAUGGAUGAGGAGCGGCUGUGGCGUGACCUUAUCAUGGAGCGGGUGACUAAGUCUGCUGAUGCCUGUCUUACUGCACUCAACAUCAUGACAUCUCCACACAUGCCCAAGGCUGUUUAUAUAGAGGAUGUGAUUGAGAGGGUGUUGCAGUUCACCAAGUUCCAUCUGCAAAACUCCUUGUACCCUCAGUAUGACCCAGUCUACAGAGUGGAUCCCCAUGGAGGUGGCAUGCAUACUUCAAAGUCCAAGAGAGCAAAGUCUUCCACCCAUAAACAGAAGGUGGUAGUCAUGCUCUACAACAAAGUGUGUGAUAUUGUCAGCAACAUCUCAGAGCUCCUGGAGGUCCAGCUGCUAACCGACACCACUAUUCUCCAGGUGUCCACCUUGGGUAUUACACCAUUUUUUGUGGAGAAUGUCAGUGAAUUGCAGUUAUGUGCCAUCACACUAGUGACAGCAGUGUUCUCUCGUUACAAGAAACACAGGCAGCUCAUUCUUGAAGAAAUAUUCACCUCCCUGGCUAAACUUCCUACUAGUAAACGCAGCCUCAGGAACUUUAGGCUAAACAGCAGUGAUUCAGAUGGAGAGCUGUAUAUCCAGAUGGUCACAGCACUGGUUCUUCAGCUCAUCCAGUGUGUUGUACACCUUCCCUCAGAGAGGGACACAGGGGAUGAACAUAAUAAGAAGGUGGAUAAAGAUGUCCUCAUCACAAACUCUUAUGAAACUGCCAUGAGGACAGCUCAGAACUUCCUAUCAGUAUUUCUCAAGAAGUGUGGCAGUAAGCAGGGAGAGGAUGACUACAGGCCUCUGUUUGAGAACUUUGUUCAUGACUUGCUGUCUACAGUCAACAAACCUGAGUGGCCUGCAGUUGAACUGCUGCUCAGUUUACUAGGCCGGCUGUUGGUGCACCAGUUCAGUAACAAGCAGACAGAAAUGACACUCAGAGUGGCAUCGCUGGACUACCUCGGCACUGUCGCUUCUCGCCUGCGUAAAGACGCUGUAACUAGCAAGAUGGACCAAAAGGCUAUUGACCGCAUCCUCAAAGAGACUCCAGGCAGUGAUGAGAUUCAGCAACUCCAGAAGGCCUUGCUAGACUACAUAGAUGGGAAUGUUGAGACAGAUCCAUCUCUAGUGUUUGCCAGGAAGUUUUAUAUCGCCCAGUGGUUCAGGGACGCUACAAGUGAGGCAGAGAAAGCGAUGAAGUCUCAAAAUGAGAAUGACGAGGACUCAAGAGGUCAACAUCAUUCCAACUAUGUUGACUCAACUGAGGAGAUUGUGCAGACGGCCGAGAUACGAAAGAAAUUCCUCCGCAAGGUCAUCAAGACACCAUCAUCACAUUUCCGUUCUCUAGGGUUAAACUCUGACACAGUAGACUAUGAGGACUCCUGCCUGAUUGUCAGAUAUCUUGCCUCUAUGAGGCCGUUUGCACAAAGCUUUGAUGUUUAUUUAUCACAGAUUCUGAGAGUGCUGGGUGAGAGUGCCAUUGCAGUCAGAACUAAAGCCAUGAAGUGUCUGUCAGAAGUAGUAGCUGUGGAUCCAAGUAUUCUGGCACGGUUGGAUAUGCAGCGUGGGGUUCAUUGUCGCCUCAUGGACAACUCCACCAGUGUGCGAGAGGCAGCUGUGGAGCUCCUUGGCCGUUUUGUGCUAAGUCGACCGCAGCUCACUGAGCAGUACUAUGACAUGCUCAUUGAAAGGAUAUUGGACACAGGUAUUAGUGUAAGGAAGAGGGUCAUUAAGAUCUUGAGGGAUAUUUGCCUGGAGCAACCGGACUUCCACAAGAUCACUGAGAUGUGUGUCAAAAUGAUCCGAAGGGUCAACGAUGAAGAGGGGAUCAAGAAACUGGUGAACGAGACAUUCCAGAAACUCUGGUUCACCCCCACACCCAGUCAUGACAAAGAUGCCAUGACCCGGAAGAUCCUGAACAUCACAGAUGUAGUGUUGGCAUGUAAAGAUUCAGGCUAUGACUGGUUUGAGCAGCUUCUCCAAAAUCUACUGAAGUCAGAAGAGCAAGCUUCGUACAAACCUGCCAAGAAGGCCUGUGUUCAGUUGGUGGACAAUCUGGUGGAACACAUACUGAAAUAUGAGGAGUCUCUUGCAGACUGUGAGGACAAAGGGGUCAACUCAGGUCAUUUGGUAGCAUGCAUCACCACUCUCUACCUGUUCAGCAAGAUCAGAGCACAGUUAAUGGUCAAACAUGCCAUGACUAUGCAGCCCUACUUGACCACCAAGUGCAAUACUCAGAGUGACUUCAUGGUGAUAUGUAACGUGGCAAAGAUCCUGGAGCUGGUUGUGCCUCUGAUGGAGCACCCAAGUGAGACUUUCCUCACUACCAUAGAAGAAGACCUGAUGAAGCUCAUCAUCAAAUACGGCAUGACGGUUGUACAACACUGUGUAAGCUGUCUUGGUGCCGUCGUUAACAAGGUCACACACAACUACAAGUUUGUUUGGGCUUGUUUUAAUCGUUACUAUGGAGCUCUGGCAAAACUGAAGACACAGCACCAAGAGGACCCCAACAGCUCCACUCUGGCUGCUAACAAACCUACUCUCCUGCGCUCACUGUUUACUGUGGGGGCUCUCUGUCGACACUUUGAUUUUGACCAAGAGGAGUUCAAGGGUACUAACAAGAUUGUCAUCAAGGACAAAGUGUUGGAGCUUCUGUUGUACUUCACCACUCAUGAAGAUGAGGAGGUCCAGAUCAAGGCCAUCAUAGGUCUAGGCUUCCAGUUCAUCAUGCACCCAGAGCUCAUGUUUGUGCAGGAUGUGAAGGUUCUGUAUAACAGUACCCUUUCAGAUGAAAGCAGUUCGGUCAGUCUGAAGAUCCAGGUACUAAAAAACCUGCAGACAUACCUGCAAGAGGAGGACUCUCGGAUGCAGGAGGCUGAUCGCGAAUGGAAGAAGCAAUCCAAGCAGGAGGAUCUGAAAGAAAUGGGGGAUAUCUCAUCAGGUAUGAGCAGCUCCAUAAUGCAGAUUUACCUGAAGCAGGUGCUGGAGUCCUUCUUCCACUCACAGUCCACUGUUCGGCACUUUGCCCUGAGUGUCAUUACACUGACUCUCAGCCAGGGCCUCAUCCAUCCUGUACAGUGUGUGCCCUACUUGAUUGCCAUGGGAACGGACCCUGAGCCAACCAUGAAGAACAAGGCUGAUCAACAGCUGGUGGAGAUUGACAAGAAAUAUUCUGGCUUCAUCCAUAUGAAGGCUGUAGCAGGGUUGAAGAUGUCUUAUGAGGUGCAACAGGCCAUAAAUGGAUCCAAAGGCGCAGUGAUUCGAGGUUUUCGUCCCGAUGACUCAGAUGCUGCUCUCUGCUCACAUCUCUACACUAUGGUCCGUGGGAACCGACAGCAUAGACGGGCUUUCCUUAUUUCCCUGCUCAACCUAUUUGAUGACAGCUCUAAAACAGAGGUAAACAUGCUGUUGUUCAUAGCAGACAACUUGGCCUGCUUCCCCUACCAGACUCAGGAGGAGGCUCUUUUCAUCAUGCACCAUAUAGAUAUUACUCUGUCUGUCUCUGGUAGCAACCUGCUCCAGUCUUUCAAGGAGUCCUUACGGAAAGAGCCUGUACAGCAGGCAAAGAAGAUGAAGACAAAAAAGAAAAAGAAGCAGCAGCCUCGGAGGAGGAAACACAGCUCUGAUGCUGACGAUGAAGACGAGUACGAUGAGCAGAGCAGUAGCAAAUCCAGCAGCAGUGAUGAGGACGAUGAGGUGGUCCACAGGCGAAAGAAAUCUGUGGUUUCUGAUUCUGACUCUGAAGAUGAGGAUGCAGUGAUGGACCGUCUACCUGAAAACCCCAACCCCCUGCUGGACUUUGCCAGUGCUUCACAGGGUAUUCUGCUACUGCUGGUGCUAAAACAACAUCUGAAGAAUCUAUAUGGCUUCUCAGACAGCAAAAUCCAGAAAUAUUCACCAACGGAGUCUGCCAAAGUAUACGACAAAGCUGUGAACAGGAAAUCCAAGGUGCACUUCAACCCUCGACAGACACUGGAUUACCUGAAGAGUGAUAUAGCCAACAUGGAUCUCGGCUACGACACCAAGAGGAAUAUCGUGAAACAGUAUUUGGACUUCAAGGUACUGAUGGAGCACUUAGAUCGUGAUGAAGAGGACGAGGAGGGUGAAGCAACUGCCAAUGCCAGAAACAAAGCCAUUACUUCACUGCUGAGGGGCCCCAAACCCUCAAACCACAACCACAAUAAUCACACUGCUCCAGUGGAGACAGAUGAUGAGGAGAGUGAGGAUGAAGAUCCCCCUGCGCAGAAACCAAGGAAAGGCAGGGAUUCCGCAGAGGAUUUAGGUCACAUGAAUGAGAAAGUGGAGGCCAUGGAUGUCAUUGCCAUCUGCCGUCCCAAAUACAAAGACAGACCACAGAUUGCCAGGGUCAUCCAGAAGACCAAAAAUGGCUACAGUAUACACUGGAUGACUGGAUCUUAUACUGGGCCCUGGGCUGUGGCAAAGAAACGGGACGGUCGCAAAAAGGUGCCUUGGGUUGAUACUAUCAAGGAGUCGGACAUUAUUUACAAGAAAAUAUCCUUGACAAGUGGACACAAGCUGACAAACAAAGUGGCACAUACGUUACGGGCGCUAUAUGCUGCCAAGGAGGGGACUAAGAGUUAAUCAGCUGAAAUUACUCAGACAGAAAUCCUUCACAGCCCAAAUCUAUGUGGAUCCAAUAUCUUAUAGAGAGAAGAUGAAACCUCUUUAGAUUUAAGGACCUGGUGGAGGGAAAGUAUUGUGAACACAAUGAAGACAAGAGAAACACAAGAAGGAAAUGUUUGGGAAAACAUUGUGUGGGAGUUCCUUCGCUGUUGUGCAGCAACUUCAUUGUUUGAUUUUUACUCCCACUGUAUCAUAGUUUAACUAAACACAUGUUUAUAUCUGAACAUAAUUCUGUAAAAAAAACAAAAAACUGAAUGUUGGAAAUUAGUGUAUUGAUGAUGUUCUUAAUAAAGUGUUUUUGGAGUUUAAACUAGCACCAGAUGGAUUUAUUCACUUGACCUGAGCUCCAACAACUUCUAACUUUCUUUUUUUUUUCUUGUUUCAAACAUUUUGUUGUUUACCCACACUGUGUAACGGAGUAUCUUUGAUAUAAUUUAUUUAUGUUAAAAGCAGUGCAGUAUCUGUGCCUAUAUGCAGGGGAAGUUAUAUUGUUUUUGAUAUAGAUUUUAAUGUUAUAGAACACAGAGCAAGAAAAAAGUGAUCCCCCGCUCUUCUGGUGGAACAAAUACUGCAAUAAAUUUUUCUUACGUCUUUGUUA